AUGGUGGAGCCGGUGGGUUUCAUUGAAGCGUGGAAGGCACAGUUUCCAGAGUCAGAGCCCCCAAAGAUGGAGCUGCGGUCUGUUGGAGGAAUUGAGCAGGAGCUGGAGAGGUGCAAGGCGUCCAUCAGGCGCCUGGAGCAGGAGGUGAACAAGGAGCGCUUUCGCAUGAUCUACCUGCAGACUCUCCUGGCGAAGGAGAGGAAGAGCUAUGACAAGCAGCGAUGGGGCUUCAGGAAGACCCCCCUGAACGAGGGGGUGGACUCUGCGUCCACACAGGGAGCGGAGUGCCAAUCCCAGCAGCCACACAUGCAGGAGACCGGUGGCGUUGGAGUUGUAGUAGGAGGUGGAGGGUAUGGCGCUGGGAGUGGAAGUAUUGGGGAUAGGAGCCGGUAUCAGCCUCUAGGAGAAGGAGCUGGUAGGUCCAAACCCAGACCUCCACCAGCCAGGAAGUCAGCUUCCCAUGGAGACGGCCUGGAGUCCGCUUUUGAGGUUCCCCAGCAGGUUGAGUCGACCUCUUGCGACAACCUUGAUGGCCUCUCGCCGUCCAAGCAGCGAAGCGGCAUCACCGUUUCCCCCCGCAGGCCAAACCUUCCGCCCCCGGAUAAGGAGCUGCUCUCUGACCCCAAAGACAAGCUGGGGAUGGGACUUGGGGUGGCAGCACUGCGGUCCAACUUUGAGAGGAUCAAGCGGGCCAACUCUCACUCUGCAGGCGAUGCAGCGAAGGGCCAAGAGAAGCAGCAGCAGCUGCCGCCUCCGCCGCCGCCGUUCUACACCAACAUGGAGUUUCACCACGACAGGGGUCUGGUCAGGGUCAACGACCGUGAUGUCUCCGACAAGAUCAGCACCCUGGGCAGCCAGGCCAUGCAGAUGGAGCGAAAAAGAUCCCUUCACUCACUCCCAGGUAACCUAGCAACAGUAGCAGGGGAGCUCCGUGCUCGACCAGUGUACAGGGGUCGUUCCACCGAGAGCACCUGCGGGUAUGAUGCUGAAUAUGAAGAUGGGGAGCCCAACCAGCGACAUUCAGGGAGGGCCAAUGGGGGCAAACCUCCCCCCCCUCCUUGGCAGCCCUCUGAGUUCCAAGCCUACUCCAGCGUCUAUGUCGGUGGGGUGAUGAUGGGAGAAGGUGGCGGAGGAGAUGGGAGAGGUAGUGGUGGAGGGGGUGGUGGAGUCACAAUGAGGGACCUUGGGGGAGGUGAUGACCACCUGUUGACCUGGCCACGCCGUUCCUACUCCCCAGGCAGCUUUGAGGAUGUUGGUGGCGGCGGUGGCUACACGCCGGACUGCAGCUCCAACGAAAACCUCACGUCCAGCGAGGAGGACUUCUCCUCAGGCCAGUCCAGCCACGUCUCGCCAAGUCCCACCACUGCCUUCCGUCGUCCCUUCAGGGAGAAGAGUCGCUCGCCGUCCCAGAAUUCCCAGAACUCCCAGCACUCCUUCGACAGCAGCAGCCCUCCGACCCCUCAGUCCCAGAAGCGUCACCACCGGCAGCAGGGAGGCCACGUGGUCAUGUCUGAGGCUACGAUUGUGAGUGUUCGCAAGACUGGGCAAAUCUGGCCACCUGCUGCCCACCAUGACCUGAUGCCACAUGGCAGAACGUCCCACGACAACAGUUACCAUGGAGACCAUCUAGAUGGUCAUUACACCAGCACCCCUCCCUCGUACGGUUAUGAUGCGGACCGUGCAGAAGAGCAGCGGAGGCACCAUGACAUCCUGCCGUACAUCGAUGACUCGCCCUCAUCCUCGCCGCACCUCAGCUCCAAGAGCCGCAGCAGUCGAGACACGCUUUCAUCGGGAUCUUUAGAGUCCUCCAAGUCGACUGAAUGUGACCUGGAGAAAGGUUUGGAGAUGAGGAAGUGGGUCCUGUCUGGGAUCUUAGCCACAGAGGAAACAUACCUCAGUCACCUGGAGGCACUGCUGCUGCCAAUGAAGCCCCUGAAGGCUGCUGCUACGACGUCGCAGCCCGUGCUCACCGUGGCCCAAAUAGAAACCAUCUUCUUCAAAGUGCCUGAGCUCUACGAGAUCCACAGGGAGUUUUACGAUGGACUUUUUCCUCGUGUCCAGCAGUGGAGCCACCACCAGAGAGUCGGGGACCUGUUCCAGAAACUGGCCAGCCAGCUUGGAGUUUACAGAGCCUUUUUGGACAACUACGAGCUGGCCGUGGAGACGGCGGAGAAGUGCUGCCAGGCUAACACACAGUUUGCUGAAAUCUCAGAGAACCUGAAGGUGAGGAGCCCCAAGGACUCGAAGGACCAGACAGCCAAGAACUCUCUAGAGGCUUUGCUGUAUAAACCAGUGGACAGAGUGACUCGCAGCACAUUGGUACUUCAUGACCUACUCAAACACACGCCCACUAGUCACCCGGACCACCCUCUUCUGCAGGACGCCUUACGGAUCUCCCAGAACUUCUUGUCCAGCAUCAACGAGGAGUCAACGCCCAGACGGCAGUCUGUGACCGUCAAGAAAGGAGAGAACCGGCAGCUUCUGAGGGACAGUUUCAUGGUGGAGUUGGUGGAGGGAGCGAGAAAGCUGCGGCACGUCUUCCUCUUCACUGAUCUGCUGCUCUGCGCAAAGCUGAAGAAACAGAUCGGAGGCAAAAACCAGCAGUAUGACAGUAAGUGGUACAUCCCCCUGACUGAGCUGACCUUCCAGAGCCCAGAGGAGGCGGAGCCUCUUACCAUCCCUCAGGUCCCUGAUGAAGAGCUGGACGCCAUGAAGAUCAAGAUCUCACACCUCCGCAGUGAGCUCCAGAGAGAGAAGAGAGCAAACAAGGGUUCAAAGGUCAUUGAUCGUCUCAGGAAGAAGCUGACGGAACAGGAGUCUCUGCUUCUGUUAACGUCUCCGAGCUUGCCUCUCAGAGUAUACAACAAGAGUGGCAAGAGUUACAGUUUCCUGAUUUCCUCUGACUAUGAGCGCGCUGAGUGGAGGGAGAUAAUGAAGGAACAGCAGAAGAAAUGUUUAAAAACUUCCUCGCUGACUUCCAUGGAGCUUCAAAUGUUGACAAGCUCCUGCCUCAAACUGCAGACUGUCCAUCACAUUCCACUUAGUAUCAAUAAAGAUGAGGAUGAAUCCCCUGGUCUCUGCGGGUUCCUGAAUGUAAUCGUCCACUCUGCCUCCGGCCUCAAACAGAGCUUGAAUCUCUACUGCACAUUGGAGGUGGAUUCCUUCGGCUUCUUUUCGAGUAAAGCGAAGACGAGAGUGUAUCGAUACACCACUGAACCCAAAUGGAACGAGGAAUUUGAGAUUGACCUGGAGGGCUCUCAGACCCUGAGGCUGCUCUGCUACGAGAAGUGCUACAACAAGACCAAGCAGAACAAAGAGGAUGGAGAGAGCACGGACCGCAUCAUGGGGAAAGGACAGAUCCCGCUGGACCCUCAGGCCCUGGAAGGCAAAGACUGGCAGAGAACAGUUAUUCCAAUGAAUGGGAUUGAGGUGAAACUUUCCAUAAAGUUCACCACCCGAGAGUUCAGCCUGAAGAGGAUGCCCUCACGGAAGCCCAUGGGUGUUUUCGGAGUCAAGAUCUCCACAGUGACCAGGCGGGAGCGCUCCAAGGUGCCCUACAUUGUCCGGCAGUGCCUAGAGGAGAUAGAGAGGAGGGGUAUGGAGGAGGUGGGCAUCUACAGAGUAUCAGGGGUGGCCACUGACAUUCAGGCCUUGAAGACUGCCUUUGACACCAACAAUAAAGAUGUGUCAGUGAUGAUGAGUGAGAUGGACGUGAAUGCCAUCGCCGGGACCUUGAAGCUGUACUUCAGAGAGCUGCCAGAACCGCUCUUCACUGAUGAGCUCUACCCUAAUUUUGCAGGCGGCAUCACUCUGUCUGACAGUGUUGCCAAAGAGAGCUGUAUGCUGAACCUACUGCUGUCACUGCCAGAACCCAACCUGGUCACAUUCCUUUUCCUUUUGGAUCACCUGAAGAGGGUGGCAGAGAAGGAAAGUGUCAACAAGAUGUCUCUCCACAACCUGGCUACCGUGUUUGGGCCGACCUUGCUGAGGCCUUCUGAGAAGGACAGCAAGAUCCCCACUAACCCCACCCAACCCAUCAGUAUGGGAGACAGCUGGUCCCUGGAAGUCAUGGCACAGGUCCAGGUGUUGCUGUAUUUCCUCCAACUGGAGACCAUCCCCACCCCGGAUAGUAAACGGCAGAGCAUCCUCUUCUCCACUGAAGUAUAAAGCAAAGACGGACUCUGCUGACCUCAGAUUGAGACGCUGAAGGAGUGAAAGAGACAAAACUGUGGCUCAAAGUGAGCCUGUAUUAGUAGGUUUUUGAAUUGACUUAUCAGAUUCACUUAGGCUCCUGCAGCUGGAACAGAUUGUCACUGGCGAUUCCUGCUCCCUCAACCACAAGGGGGCGCCAUUGGGCCUCUGAAGCUAAAAGGAAGUGAAGUCCUUAGAGUUCUUAUCUGUCACUACCUGAUGUUUGGAUACAUCUGCCUUCUUCAUUUCUCCCCCUUCUUCUUUGUUGGUCUAAACCCUGAACUUCUAACGAUAGAGUGGUUUAUAAAUCAAGAAAUUGUCAAAAUCAGUUUGUAAAAGACCAAACUUUCUGGAUUCUUGAAUAAGUUUUGCCAACAAAUCCAAGUGUCUAUCUCUCUUUUUUUGGAGGGAUUGUUCCCCAUCUUUGUUUGUUUGGGAAAAUCGUCAGAUAUGUUUAUCCAUCUCAAACGUCACAUCCUGAUGAGGACAAUUCAAACACAUCAUCUCAGCGCAACGAUCCUGAAAGAGACAAAGAGGAGACUUUAUGAUGUUAGCUAAAGAAGAACACCUAGAGCUGCAACAACAGUGGCUUUGUUUUUCUUUCUUUUUUUGUGGAGAGCCAACACGUGUUCAUCUAAGUGUUUACAACGUAAACAAACCCCCAGUGAGUGUCAGAGACAAACCCCUAAAGCGUAAAGGAAGGACUGCACGGGAAAAAAAAAAGGAAGGAACCUGACCAUGAAAGCAAAAUUCCUCUGUUCGUGUUGUUUGUAUCUGAAGUUAGUCUCCAUCUUAAAUAUCCAGGAAGCAAUAUAUUUUCUAACAUAGGAGUUGUCUGUGGUCAUAUCCGUGCUGACAAAAUGUCCUGCUUAUUGUAACAUAGGACAUCUUGCCAAAAUUAAUAUGCUAUUUGUUUCUCGGAGCAAAGGAAGCUGCUGUAUUGACAUAUACAGUAUGUACAUAAACUUAAAGUUGUAUUUUUUGUCUUUAAGUUAACAGUAUAAUCAUUAAUGCUAUUGUUAUAAUUUAUUUCCGGGGCCUUUGUGGGGACAAAUCUGUUUUGUUUUUCUAUGUGUUUGAUUAAGAAAGUGGUAGGUCUUAGCCUUGACUUCAAGUCUUGCAGUAAAUAAGCAGGAUUUAGCCUUGUUCUUACAGAAACUACUCAGCUGUACUGUCCAGCCUAUCAAUAAUUCAUUUAGAUAUAAUCAAGAACACACGUUGUAGUUACAGACUCUAUGCUGCUGCGGGGGGAAAAAAAGGCACAAGCUCUUUAACUGCUGGGUUGUUGGUGAGCAGAGCGUCUCACAUCCAGAGACCACCGCCUGUCUAGUGUAGACAUUAUGCAAUGUCAUAAUACAGCACACACACAAAAACACACAUAUGACAUAGUCUCUUUUUUUAUACCAUUUAAUCUGUGGCUGCAGAAUCGCACUCAUGCAUUGUUAGAACUACUGUAUCACAAUUCAAGUGACCUGAGCACUCGGCGGUAAUGUACAAGAGCAUAUCUGUUGGAUUUAAUGAAGGAAUAGGAUUUUGUUUGAUCUUCUACUUGCUUUUUCUUUUUUUAAUCUCAUGCAUAUAAAAGUCAAAUUAAUGUCUCUUUAACUGUUCUACAUCCUGACGAACCUGAUGGUGUCUAACUCAAUAGCAAAUUUAAAGGAAAGCUCUUAAAAUAUUUUGUUGUUUCCUAAAUGACACGUUUCUCUUUUUUAAUUUCUGUGUCCCUGAUCGAACAUGCAGGCAUGUUUUAUUUAGAUUUUUUUUUUCUUUUUCAUAAUUGCUUUUGUAUUGCUGUCUUUAUUCACAAAUAUUUUCAUCAUAGGCUUUAGGAUGUUUGUAAAUUGAGAGUUUCUGGUUUACACAAUUAAGGCAUGACCAUUCUUUUUUAACCAAUUUACUGGAUAAGUUUGCAGUUUGCUGAAUCAUUCUUAAAAACAGAAGUCAGUAAUAGCUGCCUAUUGCACACACAUAAAACAUUUGCAUACAUUUGAAUACAUUACAUAAGAAGCAGGAGUUUGGUUGCUGAAGUGGUUUAGAUAAGGCAGAAGAACGGGAGAACUACAGCUAGAAAACCCUGUUUCGAUUGUUUGAAGGAGCAUCUGAUUAUUGUUUUUGGAUAGAUUUAAAAAGUGGGAGCAUGUCCACUUCGAUAAUUUGAUUACAAUGGUUGUCUUCUGACAUGUAUCUUCGGCAUUAAGUAUUACCAAUGACUAGUCUAGUGGAUCUAAUAAGGGUCUGUGUUUGGUUCCGUCCUUGUUUAAAAUAUCUUAAAGGGUUAUAUAGCUCAAUAACAGUCAUUGUGACUCCUAUCAAAAGUCAAGUUAUUACAAAAAAAAAAAAAAAUGGCAUUACACUUAAAAAUCAAGACGAGUAUUCUGAUUGGAUACAGAUGAAAUGUCAAGACACUAUCACUCUCUUUUACACAAUAACAGAAAAGAAAACACCUUUAUUGUGUCAACCCCAUAAAUUACAAAUCCAAGCUUUUAUUCUGAAAGGAUUCAUGCCUGCAGUCCCUGCACAGUUAUGCGUCGUUUUUUUUUAAUUUUCUCCUACCACUGUGUACUUCUACUCACUUUGGCCUAUGGUAGCAUGCACACAGAAAAAAUCCAUGUACUAUCUGUCACAUUUACAAAUCCUGAUUGCCUACACUUCUCUACCCUAUCGUGCCUAUUGACACUCUUUUUUUUUGUUUUGCGACUGUGGUACUCUUAACCUUGCUCGGCCUCCCGUUGCCUUUGCUGAGGACAGCCACGAACUCUUCAUCUCUGUAAGUCUAAGACAGGACCUGAAAUUCAAGCAUGGUCUUAGCUCAUACUGUACUUUCCUUGCCACCUUCACCUGACCGUAUCAAAGUCAGUCUUAAUUCGGGCAAAGGACACGGUUUCUUUCUCACGUCCUCAAUUUAGCUCGUAAAAUUUCAGCUCUUUAAAUGCCUUUUAACCUUAUUUAUUUUCCCUGUUUGGUAUAGGAAGGUCUAAGCAGUCUAUUUAUUAACAAUAUAAUGUCAUCUAAAGCUAAAUAAAUGUUAGAAAAUGUGUCUUUUUAUGGUUGGGCUUUCUUUGGGAAGAUUUCUCUUUCUCACUGUUUGUUUAUCCUGUUGGAAGUUACAACUGUUUGUUUCGAUUUCCACACACCUGAUGAGUACAACUGCAUCAACGUUCAACCCCCUACUACUACUACUACUACUACUACUACUUCAUCUCUGUAGUCACAUAACAGACUGGCCACUGUGAUUGUUCAGCUAUCAAUAGAAGAUGCAGGAUCUUGUCCAUUUUUUUCAGAGUUGAAACAACUCAUCCGUCUCUUUCUUUUCCGUGGAGUUGUAUAAUAUGUAUUAUAGUAGAGAGUACAUUAUUUGGUUCCUGUUUUAUUUAUUUAAUGUGGCGUUAAAGGAUUGAGCCGGUGCGCCUGUAGUCUCUUGGAAAAAGCCGAGCUGUCAGUAUGUGGUAGAGGACAAAAGAGUCUUAUAUUUGCUCUAAAAAUCGGCAUUGUUUUGGUCUGUUGAUUGUCAGUGUAUCUGCAUGUACCCUCCAUAACACACUUUACACACAGAACCUCAGUCCCUCUAGUUCUGUACAUGAAAAGUAAAUAUAGCAAAAGGUUUAAUUUCUUGGUGGAAAGAUAUGGAACAUAUUGCUCUAUAUGACAGUUGCAAGUCUCAUCCAUUAUGUACAGGAAACUGGUAAUUCUCAUCCCAUUUCCAAUUAUAAGGACCCAGUGCUGCUGGUUCGAUGAUAUCAAGCUGACUUUGAAAAGAUUCCUUUAACCUUUGGAAAUGUGCUAGUUUUGUUUUACAUCUAACGUAAAGCUGAGGAGGAGACUUGAUGACCACUUUCUCUUUGUACCUCCCUCAAUUUUUCGGACUCUCUCCCGUUCAAUAUUCAAUGUUCUGCCUGUAGACCUGUACGAAGGCAAACUGAGUACUGAAGGCAAACAUGUUUGGAAGGCAUUUGCAGCCUAUGUUUGUACACAAGAAAUGUUAAAUAAAAUCUCCUUGUAUCUACAUAA